GGCGGCGGCUCCGCGGGUCCUGCCGCCCUCCCGCGGUGAGAACGGGGCUCUUCUGUCCCGCCCGCCUUCCCUCCCAAAAAAUCCACGGGUGUUGUGGGCCCUGCUACUGGCAGAGGCCUCGUGGGAAUAGGGGGGCUCCCGGCUGGCCGCGGUGGGAAGAGGGGCUGCAGCUUCAUCGGACGUGGAGGCACGUGGUGAUUGGUGUGAAGAGGCCUCUGCGGGGGAUGAGCCCGGGAUGCACGAGGUAACAAUGGACAUUACAAGUGGGAGCGCAGAUGACAUUUCAAGGCCUGCAUCUAGCUCAAAACCCAGUUGUAGAUCUUUGAAUACAUCUAUAGAGUUACUAACACCAGAGCCACAUUUGCAAAAGGUUGAUUCACUUGUCAGUGUGGCUGAUGGUUAUCAGAGAGGCAGUCUAGAAGAUUGCUGUCCAGCAGAAAACAAAAGAGAGAAAUCUGAUGUCCAGGCAGUAAGAACAGAUCAGCAAACCACAGUGGAGAGUACGACCUUCUCUCUUCAGAAAUGUAUACAGAAUCCCAACGAAUUGUCAGGAUGUAGCUCUAAUUCAGAUUGUGAAGACACUGAAACAUGGACUUUGAAAUUCUGUGAACCUUUCCAAGGAAAACCAAGUACUGCAAAAUCAGCAAACUUGAAAUGUUCUGAAGACACAGAUGUAGAUCCUCAGAUUCAAGCAGCUAUAAAGAAAAUGAAUAAACUUGACACAAUACUUGAAAAGCAACAUCUUAAGGAGAAAGCAAUUAAAAAACAAGGCAAAGAAAUGAGGGCAGUGCUCUGGGAAGAACUUCAGUCUAACAGAACCAGAGGAGGCCACGAGGAGAUAGAAAACACAAACCUUUUUUUAGCUUUGUUCUCAUCAUGGCAGGAUACAGCUGAUCCCUCCCAUACUAAAGAAAAUGAAAUAUGUACUUCAGUAAUUCACACACAAAUGAAUCCAGAAGAUUAUGAUUGUCAUAAAGCCCAACAAAGCAAGGAUUAUCCAAGUGAAUUAGAAACAGAAUUAGGAAAAACAGCAGAGAAAACACAUAGCAAAAAUAAAAGCAACCAGGAUUUCAUUAAAAAGAACAUUGAGCUAGCAAAGGAUUCAAGAAACCAGUUUGUUAUGCUUGAGGGAGAAAGGAAAAGGCUAAUUGAACUAUUGAAAGAUACAGAGGGUGGAAUUGAAUUGCAAGGUCUUGAGGAGAAUGUGUCUGUCUGGCUAGCACCAGGAGAAGGGUACACACCUGAACCCACGGAAUUUCAUCUCCUAACUGAAAUAGACAUUAAGCUUCAAGCACUACUAUCUGAUGGGGAUUUUUCUGCAAUUUCCAGCUUUUUCUCAAAACCUCCAAGCCAGAUUUAUCAGGAGUCUCUGGUUUAUGCCAACAGAAGCCUCGAAACAGUUCCAGGUGAAAAGGUUCUGCGGGACAAUAAGGAAAAACGUGAUCAACAGAAUCGUCUGAAAGAAAUAGAUCAUCAACUGGAAUCUCUAGAGAGAAAUGUUACUGAAGAACAAAUGAGCCUCUCUGAAGAGCAGCUUAAGACCCUUCUGGAAGAAUGUAUGCAGCCUGAGAGAACAAUAAGUAACGUUACCAUGCCAAAGUCUCAGGAAUCUCUUUCUUUUGGAUUAAGUCCCCCUUGUUACACAAGUCAAGACUCCACUCUUCACUCCACAUCUACUCUUUCCAAAAUGUUAGUUGAAGACCAUAUUGUAGGGAUGUUAAUGGCUCAGGAAAAGGCUGGACUUGAAGACAAAAGCUUAUGUGCAGAGAGCAAAAUCCCUGGCUACUAUAUCAGCAAAGCAUUGGCUGGUAGUCACUUAUCAAAGGAUUCACUGGCCCUAACAGAGGAACCUGAUGACCUAGAAGGUUUACAGAAGAUGGGAGAUGAGAGUAUUACUGAAGGUUACUUUAUGUCAAGAGCACUCAACACAAAAAGAUUGAAGAAACCUUCUUUCUUGGGUGAACCAUUACAUUGCAUCAGCAUGAACAAUGAGCCAUGCACAGAGGCUGACAUUCUCAGCAUACCACUGCAAACCAAAGGAGAUGGUAUGAACAUUGAAAUUUGAGGGGAGAGUGUAUGCUUCUUUGCACAACUGUUUUUCUGAAAGUGUGGUUAAAUUUCCAUCACUGAUAUUAUUCUGAUUCAGUAUGAUUUCGAGCAACCUGAAGGGAAUGAAUUAUCACCAUUGAAAAUGUUCCAUGAGUUGACUUAUUCUUAAGAGAUAAUUAUUAUUGUCAUUAUAAUAUAUUGUUGCAGUUUGAUUUCAAAAUAAACUCUUGCAUUUCAUUAAAUUAAAUACCUAAGAAAUAAAUGUACGCACACAUUUGUGUAGCUGUGUGUCUGACAGAUAUGCAUGUCUUUGUGAAAAAUGUAAAAUAAAACUUGGAAAGUUCA